UUUGGUAGUGUCGGUCCCGGAAGUGUGGUGUCACCUGUUUCUCUGUUGAGUAAGGAACGAUUGUAAAAGUUUACGGAUAAAUUCAGGACAUGUUUUACUGCGAAACAUUUUUAUAAAAUUAAAAACAUGAAGAAGAGAUUUCACAUCGACCUGGACGAUUCUGCUUUCACUAAAGAAAGAACACCGUUAAAGCCACAGUUUCAGCCUUUAUCCAAAGGACAACAAAACACAACCGCUCCAGCUACGUCUACCACAGAGUCAGUUACAAAAUCAUCUGCGCAGCCCCUCUCCUAUGCAGAUUACAUUGUCCAGAGUAAAACUACAACAGCUGCUGCUCCACAGAGAGAUGCUUACUCUAAACUGGUCAGGGCUGAAGGAGCUGGAAUCAGCAGUUUACAGCCAGUGGAGACUGUGUCGACCCGCAUUUUGGGCUCUGAAACGGUUCAAGACUGUGUUAAAGGGACUGAAGUUCAGCCCGAGGACGUGAAAAGGAAUGAUGAAAAACACGAGACUGCUGCUGAGGAUAGCAGCAGUCUGAAGUCAGAUCCAAGUGUCAUCCAGGGUCCCAAACCAGUGGGAUCUGGGAGCAGCAUUAUAGUCAGUCCUCGACAGAGGGGUAAUCCCAUUCUAAAGUUUGUGAGGAGCGUGCCCUGGGAGUUUGGAGAUGUUGUUCCUGAUUACGUCUUGGGACAGACAACUUGUGCUCUUUUCCUCAGCCUGAGGUAUCACAACCUAAAUCCAAACUACAUCCAUGACCGUUUAAAACAGCUUGGAAGUACAUUCACCUUACGUGUGUUGCUGGUUCAAGUUGAUGUGAAGGAUCCUCAUUACGCUUUAAAGGAACUGGCUCGCAUCUGUGUCAUGGCCGACUGCACUCUUAUCUUGGCUUGGAGUCCAGAAGAAGCAGGACGUUACCUUGAAACAUACAAGUCAUAUGAGAAGAAGCCAGCAGAUCUUCUGAAGGAGCAAGUAGAAAAAGACUAUCUAUCAAAGGUUACAGAUUGCCUGACUACUGUGAAGUCUAUAAACAAAACCGAUGCCAUAACCUUGCUAUCCACUUUUUCUACUGUAGAGGGAAUCAUCAAUGCCUCUAAAGAAGACUUGGUUCUCUGUCCGGGCCUCGGACCACAAAAGGCGAAGCGUCUUUAUGAUGUCCUACAUAAACCUUUUCUGAAGUCAAGAACAAACAACAGCUGACAUGGAAAGAAUUGAAGAAAGGAAAGUUGUCCCAUUGAACAACCUUCACUACCACACAAUUUAAAGUACUUAAUUACAAGCUCAAAAUAUUUUGAUUAAAAAAAAUACAUGAACCAUUUUAUGCUGUUUUAUGUUUUGGGGACUAUGUUUUUUUUUACAGUAAUAAAUGUUAUUUUUUUACAGUAUAUUCUCCCCUUUGUGUAUUUAUUACUGAUGUAGCACCAUAAAAAAACUAUUUGGCCUCUU